AUGAUUCCAACCCAUCAAUGCUCAAUAGAAAAGGAUUUCAAAACUCCGUAUAGUAGAAGAAAGAAGAUCAAUUGUCAAGUCUCUCAUUGUAAUGGAUGUGAUGAUAAUAGUUCAAUAAGUCUUCAUUCAAAUAAUUAUAUAAUUGAAAAUGGAUUAUUUCAAACUAUUGUAGAUGAUAUGAGUAGAAUUCCAUGUGGUAUCUGUUGGUGUACAAUGGGUUACCACUAUUGUUUCUCUAGUGAUAUUCAUCGAGUUACUGGAGUAAAGAAUGCGAUGGACAUUGUACUACUUGAUCAAUCAUUCCUAAAUUUUUGUAGAUUAUGGUUAAUUGUACAACCAUGGGUAAAAGAAACUGAAGACUAUCCAAGCGAAGAAGAAAUUAAGAGAAAUGAAAAAUUGGUGUAUGCAUCGCCAAGUAGUUCAUACAAUUACUCUGGCUCAUCUUCAUCAUCACUUUCAUCGUCAUCAUCAAAAAUCAAAAAGAGAUCGACUUGGAAAUCAAAGUCUUCGCCACCACAGAAACAAGGUGGCAGCAGUGGCGGUGGAUUACACUCUGAUUGGUGUUUCAACCAGGAUCUCAGUGUCCAAUUGCCACCGACACCAACCUACCCACCACCUCACCACUCGUCAUUCUCACAUCACAGAAGAACCAAAUCGUCGUCACCGUCCAAGCCCACCGGAAACACCGUACCCAUCGGUGGUGGUGGUAGUCUAACCUCUAGAAGUCUAAACACAUCGCCUGAUCAUCGAAAACCACAUAUCUCCUCGUCUCUAAACAAUACACACAGUGAUCUGAAUGGCACUGUAGUUUCAUCGUUUUCAAACACCUAUCCACCACCUCCACAUUCACAUUCUCAUUCACAUUCCUAUUCACAUCCAAAUUCAACAUCUGGAAAUCAAUUUAAAUUACCACAACAACAACAACAACAUAUCAAGAGAUCAUCUCAUAGUAGUACACCACUAUCAAAUAUUAAUAGUAGUAGUACAUCUCUGUCUUCAUCUUACUCUUCAAACUCUUCAAAGAAAUCAAUGAAUUUGCAACAACAACCACAACCACAACAACAACAAUUACAAUCACAACCAAUGAAGAAUACAUCACCGGUUGGUAAAACUAAAAAGUAUUCCAAAUUGGAUAUGUCAUCGAGUUCUUCUUCAUCGAUUUCACAGCCACUCUCGCCUUGUACAUCGACCAACUCUAAUCUUUCAUCGUUUUCACCGGCAUCCUCUUCAUCUGUUUCCACUACAUCGUCGCACUCUUCCAGAAGCAGCAGUAAUAGCAGUGGCAGUAGCAGCAGUAGUGGUGGUGUCAAGAGUAGCUGGGGUAGCAGAUUAAUUCGAAGCGUCUCCAACUCUACCAACCAUUGCAAAUCACCAUCUCCAUCAUAUCAGCACUUCCUUGACAAUGAAACAGAUAAAGUUAUGAGUACUCCUUCAAGAAAUAACAAACCAAAAUAUAGUAAGCGAGAAUAUGAAGCAAAACAAGCGAAACAAGAAGAGUUGCAACAAAAACAACUACAAAAACAACAUACAAACAAAAGUGAGAAACAACAGAUUUUGAAAUUGGAUAAAGAAGAAGAGUUUAGUCAGUUUGAACUAAAGAAGCAGAAAGCAAAUCUUGGUGUAGAAAGUGCAGAGUCGCUCAUUCAGAAUAGCUUGGGACAUUUUGAAAAAGUAAAGGAUAUCGAUCAAUGCUGGCUUCAACAAGAACCAUUGCAGUUGCUGGCGUUCCUGCCCACCGAUAACUCGAAUGACAACAACGCAGCAGCCGACGAGCUACUACUGAUGCUAAACUCUGACCUCUCUAAACUGUUAAAGAUGCGUUACAAUGUAUUCUGGAGUCACAUACUACUGAAUCAAACGGUGGUCGAGUUUCUCGAGAGUUUUCUUCGGUUUGUGAGUCGUCCGCAUCAACCAAUCAAUCUGUGUGGCACCAACACUGCCAAGGCGUUGGGUACCGCCGAGUUCCAGCAGUCGAAGCGUGUACUCGAACAACGUGUACUCGCUGUCCUCUCGCGAAUGUCAUUGCUACAGGAAAAGAAUGGACAAUAUAUAGAUCGUGACUACUAUGCCAAGGCAAUCUACGAACGUUCACUAUUUGACAUAUCAAAAAUCAUCGAUAUAUGCUCUGUUUUUGCAAAUCGUUGUCUACCAGAAGUCAAAUCGAUUGUCAAUCGUUUGUUUGAUAAUCAGCCAAAGUUUUAUGAUGAUUUACCUGCUGUCGUUGCUUUACUAUCUCGUUCUCUACUUGAACUUAAUCAAAGUAUUAUUCAAAUCAACAAUAUCGAUUUAUUAAAGAUUGAAGAUGCAUGUUCAUUCCUGCUGGAUAUAGUUUAUAGUGUCGAUUGUUUCUUAAAGGUAUUCAGCUAUGGUUGUCAUGCAUUCGAGGAUAAUGAUACAUUCAUUCCGAUUAUCGUGUAUUUCUAUGAAAAGUUAAUUCCAAUUUUCGAGCAAUCCGUUGGUGUUCAAUUAAAGUCACAGCUCAAACCAAUCAAGACACAUAUACUUGGUAUCGUUCACAGCAUUAUUAAGCAUUGUCACACCAACAAACUGGAUCAACUGGUGAAUCUACUGAGUGAGCCGUGUGUUGUCUGUGGAAAGAAAGCCAAGGGUGAGCCAAGAUUGUCUUACCACGAGGUGUCGAAACGUUUGCUGUCAAUGCUCGGUCGCUUGGUAGAGUACAAGGAUUUCGAGAAAUCAAGAAGAUCCAAACAAUUCAAUACCUAUUUCGAAGUUGUCAAUCCCACUUCCAUUCUAUUUGACUAUGAAGAGAAAUCUUCAUUCUCUACCAAGCUAAUAGAGUUGUCUUGUUUUGAUAGUGAAAUUGAUAAAGUUAAAUUAACUUAUUAUUUAAAUAUGAUGGGUAGAGAACUACCAAAAGAUAAACCAACUAAAAAUACAAUCACAUCAUCAAAACAAUCAUCGCCAGUGGCAGUCACCGAAGAAAAGAAACCAAAUCCAACCGAUCUCCAAAACAUUCAGAGUGUAAAAGACAUCUUCCAGGACUGGGGUGAUAAGUUUAUUUUUAAAUGUUUGAAAUUCUAUAAUGACAAUGUAGAGAAUACAGUCAAUGCAUUGUUUGAAGAUAGUUUACCAUCACAUUUGAAGUCAGUGAAUAGAUUAGAAUCUUUUGCAGUUUCAACAUCACCAACCAUCAACAACAACAACAACAACCAAACAAUUCCUACUGAACAAACAAAUACAACAUCAACAACGACAACAACAACUAAUACAACUUCAUCAAAGAAUAUUGAUGUAAAUAAUUUAAGUGUUGAAGUUUACGAGAUGUCAAUCGGUAAAAAAUCAAACGAUAAUGUACCAAUGACUCGUGACAUUAAAUCAUAUAUUACAAACUAUUCAAACUACGAGGCCAUGUAUGACGAUGAAUAUGAUGAUUCUUUGGAUGUAUUUUUGGGUGUACCCGUCCAAGACGGUGAGAGUUUGGAAACUCAAGAGCAAGAAGAAAAGAAACCAGCAAAUGAACCAUUGGCUGUUAAGAAAUCACACAGUAAAAAAGGAUAUUUAUUCGGAUCAUUGUUGACGAAUCAUGUGUUUGCUAAAACCACCAUCAUUCCAGUGAAAGCAAGACCUGUCCAAAGACAUCAAAGCGGUGAACUUUGCUUUGGCAUCAGGUGCACUGGUGAAGAACCAAGCGAUAAGUCUGUUGACCCGCUUGAUUUGAUCAGUUUGAUUGGAGCAGAACAAGGUAGACCAACAAUAUGCGAAUCGGCGAUGAUCGCUCUCGCCAAACACUCAAUCGUGAGAACAAAGAGAGUAGGAGAAAGGGGAUCACCUUGCUUGGUGCCCCUAUUGAUGAAAAAGGUCUUGGUUUUGAAGCCGUUCACUAGAACAGAAGAGGGAGAUAGUAGAUCAAUUUUACUUGUUUUGUCUGUUAUGUUCAGAUACGUGUACGUGUACCCAACUUGGCCAACUGGCAGCGAUGCUUCUUAUUGGCUGGAGUUGUGA